AUGGUCAGUGCGCCUUGGCAUGGUGACCGCGCCCUCAUCAUCCAUCAAUCUCCUCCUCUGCGGAUCCUGCGGAUUGCGAUCGCACCCCUUGAGCUGGUCGCAAUAUUCUUCUUGAUUAGGAUCCGCCCUUUGCGGCUCUCGAAACUCCACCGCGAUCGCGACCGCGACGACCCAACUAUCAUGUCAAUGUACAACCCCCAUCGCGGUCUGGGACCUGCGCCUGGCGGACCUGGAGCCCAGAAUGCUCGGCUGAAUGAGCUUCUGGACGGCGUGCGAGCCGAGUUCGAGACCCAGGCGCGCUCCAGCCAGGAGUUCGAACACGCAAUGUCGGCACAGAUCAACGAGCUUCAUACGAUCAGAGAAAAGGUCUAUGCGAUGGAACAGGCCCACAUCGCGAUCAAGCAAAACUACGAUGAAGAGAUCAAGCGUCUGCAUCGCGAACUUGAGGCCCGAGGAGGCAACCCCCGCGCCCUGGGUGGUCCUCCCCAGAACCCGUCUUCGCAAGCACCACCCCCAGCCAUCGGCCAUGGUCCCAGCAACCUUUUUGGUGGUAUAAUGGCCGGGCAGGGAGGACAAGGAGCACCCGGUCUGGCGCCUCCUCAACAACAGCAGCAACAGCAGCAGCAGCAACAACAACAACAACAGCAGCAGCAGCAGCAGCAGCAGCAACAACAACAGCAGCAGCAGCAACAGCAGCAGCAACAGCCAGAUCAACACGGUCCUCCGCAGCAUCAGAUGCCCCAACCUCCCGGACCGCCAAGCCUCCAGGGUCCUCCUCCACCUCCACCACAACAGGCCCCUUUCCAGGGCGGGUAUCCGGGCAUUGGACCCAAUGGUUACACUCAACCUCCUCCCAACACCGCCUCGCCCGGUGCCGGUAAAGGCAGACCCUUGAACCGGGGCCCAGGUGGACCAGCGACGCCCCAAUUGAACCAGCCCAUGCCAUACCCAGACCCGAGAUCUGUCGCGUCGCCUCAAGUUGGCCACCCAGUGCCAAACCAGCAUGGGGCGCAGUUCCGAGUCGGGAAUGCCCUCGCUGAGCUCGAUCUCGAGCGCCUCCCAGCACACCAAAAGAAGGUCGAGGCGGACUGGUUCGCCAUCUUCAACCCCGAGGUUCCGCGCGUGCUCGAUGUGGAUCUCCUCCACACCCUGCAGCACGAGAGCGUCGUCUGCUGUGUCAGGUUCAGUCACGACGGAAAAUAUGUCGCGACGGGUUGCAACCGUUCCGCUCAGAUCUUCGAUGUCAGUUCGGGAGCCAAGAUCUGUAUCCUGCAGGACGAGUCGGUCGAUUCCAUUGGCGAUCUCUACAUCCGAAGUGUCUGUUUCAGUCCCGAUGGCAGAUAUCUCGCUACCGGAGCCGAGGACAAGUUGAUCCGAGUCUGGGAUAUUGCGAACAGAACGAUCCGAAACACCUUCGCCGGUCACGAGCAAGACAUCUACUCCCUGGACUUUGCUCGUGAUGGCCGCACUAUCGCUUCUGGCAGCGGCGACCGAACGGUCCGCCUGUGGGAUAUCGAGGCUGGUCAGAAUGUCCUCACGCUCAGCAUCGAAGACGGCGUCACGACCGUGGCCAUCUCGCCCGACACCAAGUACGUCGCAGCUGGGUCCCUCGACAAAAGUGUUCGCGUCUGGGAUGCCAAUACCGGCUACCUCGUCGAGCGUCUCGAGGGUCCCGACGGCCACAAGGACUCGGUCUACUCGGUCGCUUUCGCCCCCAACGGCAAGGACCUGGUCUCUGGCUCCCUGGACAAGACGAUCAAGAUGUGGGAGCUCGUUGCCCCCCGCGGCCAACACCCCAGCAACGCGCCCAAAGGUGGCCGCUGCAUCAAGACCUUUGAGGGCCACAAGGACUUUGUGCUCUCCGUCGCGCUCACCCCCGACGGAGCAUGGGUUCUCUCCGGCUCCAAGGACCGCGGCGUCCAGUUCUGGGACCCGAGAACGGGCAACACACAACUCAUGUUGCAGGGUCACAAGAACUCUGUCAUUAGCGUGGCGCCGAGCCCGAGUGGGGGCAGCUUUGCGACUGGAUCUGGGGACAUGAGGGCCAGGAUCUGGACUUACAAGCCGUAUCCUUGA